AUGGAAACUUAUCACUGUAAAGACUGUGAUUUUAAGACGGAAGUGCCACUUGUGUUUGAACAACACAUUAGUAAACAUCACGGCCCUAAGAGAGAAUCUAGUGAGGAAACAUCUAGUGAGGAUUUCCGGCACUACGGUGGCAUAAAAUAUUACUUUGAGCCAAAUCUGUCGUUGAAGUCGUCUCAGCAUACUUCAGCAUGCACGGAAACGAAAGAAAAUCUUCCAAGUGUGAGUUCUUUGAAAGAGAGUGCCACAUACAAUUCCGACUUCGAACAAACUGACGAAAUGCUGCAUUCUUGUGCCGAAUGUCCAUUCAAAUGUAAAUUCAAAAAAUAUUUAAAUCGUCAUAUUAAGGUUUUCCAUUCACACAAGUUGUAUACAUGCGACAAGUGUAGAUUUAAAAGCAGAUGGGAAGGAAAUUUAAAACGCCACAUAAAUAACAUACACUUAAACGACAACGACAAAUGGCACAGAUGCAGUCAGUGUCCUUUCAAAAGUAAGUUUGAAGCAACUAUUAAAAGACACGCAAUGGUCCACCAUCUAGACGCCGGCGAGGCAGAAAUGGCCACUUAA